GCAUCGCCUAAAGCAAAGGCCAAAGUGAAAGCUAAGGCCUGUGCUUCAGGAUCCAAGGGCAGUGCGUGUGCAAAAGCGAAGGCAAAGGCCAAGGCAAAGGCCAAGGUGGCCAAGGGCUCAACCAAGGUGGCCAAGGGCUCAAAAAAGAAGUCCAAGAAGGCAGAGAAAGAAUGGGAAGAAGAGAUGCUUGCGGAGGAAGAGGUGAAACAGGAAGAAUCUGAGGUUGCUGAGCCGGUCAAGCCUCGCAGGAAGAGGUUGCGCAAGAUGCAGCCAGAGCCACCAGCAGCUGAAGGUGCCGCCGCUCUUGCAGAACCAGUGGAGCCUCAGAUUGCAGAGCCGAAUACUCCGAAUGAGUCAGAUUCCUUGGCUACAUUGCUAAAAGGACAAGAACAAAUGGUUGCGCAGACUUUUGCACAGACGGCCAAGACCUUCUUGGAGUCGCAAGACCCGACUGAGAGUGAGCUCUUUGCUUCGUUGGGUGGGAGUGCAAGUGAAGUCUUCACGCAGAACCUGGCCACAGAGUUGGUGAAGGCUUUGUUGAAUGGGCAACAUAUUGAGGCCAAAGUGGCUCCUUCAACAGCUUCUGUGCAGGCCACGCAGGCACCUCCCGCUGUUGCACCUGAAGCUCCGGCUCCUCCGCUUGCGCCUGAAGCUCCGGACAAAGUGGAUGAGGAAAUGCAUUCAAGUCUGGAGCUUCCAGCGGCACCUUCAGCUCCUGAGCUUGCUGCAGAAACACAUGUUGCAGAGGUUUCAGACACACAUUUGGAUGACACUGGGAGACCACCGGCAAGUCCAAAGCCAGCUGAACCUGUUCAUGAAGAACAUGAUCAGCCAGCUGAACAUGAUCAGCCACCUGCUCUGCCAGCUGAACCUGUUCAUCAGCCCACGCAAGGAAGGUGCCAGAAGGUCCUUGACAACCUGAGUGGCUUGGGGCAUCUUUGUGGCGAGGUUGGAGACUGCGAUCCAGAUGCUGACACUGUUCCUGGUGAGAUGUUGACCAAGGAGGACCUCAAAGAGAUGGAUGAAGGCAAGGUUUUUUUCAACCAAAUGUGCUUUCAUGUUUCGAAUUGGGAGGAAACUUGUUUUCUUGUCUGGCCCUGCUCAGAUGAUAUCAUUGCACAAUUCCAGAAGGGAUUGGUUCCGCCGGCGUUCAUCAAUAGCUCCAAUUGCAAGAAGCUCCAUGGAAGGAUGAACCGCUGGAUGGAAAAAGCUGAUCCGGUCAAGUGCCCUAACAUGAGUGAGCUGUGGAAUGGAACCCUGCAGCAGAAGCGUGACCUCUUGCAAAACUGGUUGAGUUCGGGGGAGGUCGCUGCCAAAUGCGAGAUGCACCUCAAGAUUACCAAGGAGACCGAAGACUCCUAUGAUUCUGAGGAGCAACUCCUGACAAUGGAAGGGAUGAAGAGAGCAGGAAUCAGCGAGCGGAAGAUUGCAGCCGUGAUGUCGACACAGCAACCUGUGCUGGACAAGGAUCACCCUGAAAUCCUCGAAGAGGCGCGCUGGUGGGUGAAUGUCCACGUCAAAAGGAAUGUCAAGGAGCGGAGCAAAGUGAAAAUGGUUGGCACCAGCCGGAUCGCUGCUGACUCUCAAGCGAUCAAUGGGUUGACUUCUGGAUUUGCAAGCCGGCACCAAACCAAUGCUUCCAAGAGCCUUGACAUCGCCAGGGUCAUUGCUGGAAUGAAGGAGGGGGAGCAAAAGGUUGAGACUGCUGGGACACCAGCACCAAAGAAGGGGGCCACCAAAGGUGUCGAGUUGCGGAAGCAGUACCUUGCAACCGCUUCUGCCCUUGACCUGCCAAAAGGGCACGACUUGAGGGUGAAGCUCUUGGCGCAAAAGGUCAUUGUCGGCGACAUGAUGGAUGAGCUCAAGGAGCUUGACAUCGAUACCAUGACCGAUGGGCAGCUCCAAUCGAAGAUGGAAGCUGUGAAACGCAAGGUCCAUCUUCGAACUUUGGACUUGCAACUUGAGAAACUUCAUGUGAGCGAGUGCAAGAUGCUACAGGUCCAGCGCAAAGCUGUGGCAAGGGAGCUGGCACCAAGAUGGAUUAACUGA